AUGUCUACAUCUGAUGUUCCUUUCUCUAUCCCCACCAGGGUUCAGAUAUCAGUCAUUAGUGGCACUCUUAACUCCGUCGUAGUUUUUGCAAUCUUAACUGGUGUGUACUCGAUUGUCUAUGUUGGGACAAUGUACUUUUAUAUAACAAGACGACGCGCGACCAAGAGUAGAAUGUUUGCGGUCCAAUGGUAUUAUCUCAACUUGGCAAUCAUUGAGAACGGUGACACACGGGUUUCUAUCUUCAUCUCUGCCCUCACACGUGGAUCGGUUACGGUUUACGCUGUAACUCAGACCGCGUUUUGUAUGAUGUUUAUUGUGUCCGAUGCCCUACUAAUAUGCUAUCAGGUAUGGGGUCAGUCAGUCAGAGUCACUGUACUUCCAGUGGCAUUAAUCAUGGCCGAAACCGGGUACAGGAUCAACAAAGUUUCGAAUAUGGACGGAGCCAAUCGAUCAAGCAGCGCACGGUUUUCUCAUAUCAUCAAGGUUCUGAUUGAGUCAGCAGCUGUCUAUUUGUUCAUUAUCCUCGUGUAUGCUAUUCAGGCAGCUAUCCCCAUUUCGUCUGAGAGUCUCAUAAAAUCCCCCUUGCUGCUUGAAGGGUAUUAUCUCCAGACAGUGAUUACGGCUGUUUCUGUACGGUCUGGCUCCAACUUUGAUUGCGACAAGAAUUGCAUUAACGUCUGGAAAAAGCAAAAUUACAGCUGA